GUUUCAGUGUCGCGCGAUACGUCAACGUGCACGGUGCUCGUUCCUGCCUUCGUGCUGCUUUUCUACAAUUCUACAUCGAAUUUCUACAAAACUUGUGUGCACAUGUGAGAAUCGAUGCGUUGAAUAUUACAAUAAACAAUUCUAAUCCGUAGUCCCCGCUACUAAUGGACAUAAAACAAUCGCAAAUUGGUUAUAACGAUACAGAGAAACCCGAAUUUUGUUAACGUGCUUUGAUGACAGAAAACAUUGGGCUUCGAUCGAACCAUCGUAAUAUUACGAAUCAAGUAAUAACAACAAUCGUAAAUAUCGGUGAUUUUCGAAUUGAAUAAUAAUCAGUAAAUGAUAUAAAAAGUUGAAUGAGAAUUAAGGGAAUAAAUUGUUAUAAUUAAUGCUGAAGUGGUGAUAAAUACGAGAGUGAUAUAAAAAUCGGAUGCAGUGGGAUUUUUUCCGUCGACUUGUCAAGUGAGAUUAAAAACACGUCACUAUGUAAUGUAACCGCACCGGAAAAGUGUGCGUCUAUGUGUCAUUCGUUUCGUCGCGUUUAUUCUCCGGCGAAUCUUUCAUAAACGCGAAUAGAUAGAAAAUAUCGUUCGAGUCGUUAUUCGCGGUGACAAAAUUUCGAACAAAGUGCCGUGUCCUUUUUUUCUCCCGCGAUGAAUCCAAGGUUGGGAGAUUUCUGUUGCACUGUCGUGGUUUAAGCAUUCGGACACUUCCCCGUUCGUCACGAGGACAUCGAGCUCGGCUAAAUAACAUUUUCACGUCGACGUUGCGAGACUCUGUUUGUCAACAUGUUGCUGCGGAGGGAACCGGCUGUUUGUGGACUCCUCGUGAUGGUACUCGUCGUUACAGCUAAAGGUGGAAAAAUCGAAGGAGAAGAAGGCGAAGCAGAAGCAGAGGAUUACAGCACGUAUGCGGACUACAACGACGUCGCGGAGGGCGUAAGCAACGGUACUACGGAGGCAGACACGACGCGUCUCGAGGCCGAUGAACGAGGUCUCAAGUUCGUCAAUUCCCUCGAGAACCUUACGAAAGACGAGGGUGAUUCGGCUCACAUGCGUUGCGAAGUUAUCGGUGAACCGUCACCAACGAAAUUUCAAUGGUUCAAGGACAAAGUUCCGCUGGUCGGUGAAUCUGGGAGGAUUUCCAUCAAGAAGAUCCCCGCUCAGGGUCACGAUCGAGCGGAUAAAAAGUUUUCUGGGACUCGUCUCAAGAUAAAUAGACUGCAGGCCAGUGACAAGGGGCUGUACACCUGUCGAAUCGGUAGCGGAAAGGAUCAGAUCGAGAGCUCAGCAGUUCUCAGCAUCGACGUCGAAGAAGCAUACGAUACUGAAAACCAUGAUGUUGUUGAACAUCAAGGAAACGUUCCAGCCAUGCCACACUUUUCCGAUCUACUAGACGAUACCGAUGACGAAAGUGAACCAGACACUUCAAGAAUGGAAGUGCCGACACCGCACAAUACAUUCAUCGCCAACACUAAUCCGUUUAAACUGUUAUCGCCAAGUCCAGAUUCUACAAGUACACAACCGAACCCAGAUUUCGGUGCCCGCAGUGGCCUUAGCAAUGUCAAUACGGAUCAAAUGCACAGGCCUUUUGAGACACCAGCGUCAAUGCCUGGCCGCAAAGUUAUACAAGAAGGAGUUUGCGAGUUGUAUACCGGGAAAAUCUGUGAACAAUUUGUGGGCAACAAAUCGAUUUACGUUCCACAUCCCAUGACGCAAAAAACACUGGAGGACAAAUUAGUGCAGGCUUUUCAAGUUAUUUCGUUUUCAAAUGAAGUAUCACCAAAUUGUCAAGCCUAUGCAAAGCCAUCGCUGUGUUAUUCAGCAUUUCCCAUCUGUCGAGAUCCUCCGAUAGGACAGAAGCCAAAAAACUCGGAGGCGAGUACACAACUGUUUAAUCUGCUGAAUUCGAACCAAGCAGAAAGUUCAGACGACUUCGAGAACGAGGACAACAGCGAUGAAAUUGCGCGUCCAGGUAGAAUUCUUCGAAAACGGAGUCCGCAAUACACACCUCGAGCGGAGUUCACCCUAGACAAAGACGGCAAGAUACCUACCGGCAAAAUGAUUAGCCAAAGCUAUGGAAAUCCAAAUUCUGCAAAGAGAAUAUUGCUGAAUCGUAAAUUACGAAGGAUAUGUCGUCAGGAGUGCGAAAUGCUUGAAAACGAACUCUGUCAAACGGAAUAUGCAAUUGCCAAACGACAUCCUCUCAUUGGCCAAGUCCCAUUAGUCGAGUGCUCCGAUUUACCCCUCGAUGACUCCAAAGAAGCGAGCGAUUGCUUGACGCUUGGAAUUUCCACUCACAAUAACGUACGGAAAAACGAUCUGUGUUAUGGAAAUGGAGCAUCUUACCUGGGUGUUGUAAAAACCAGUUUUUCUGGUCGAUCUUGUCUGCUUUGGACGAGUCAAUACUUACGUGCUGAAGACCGUCGCGAACUUGCUGGACGCCUGUCUUAUUGCAGUAAUCCCGGUGACCCAACCAGUCAACCCUGGUGUUACGUUAACAUUAAUAACAAAGCCCAAAAAGAACAUUGUAACAUACCAAUUUGUGUUAAAGUUGAAAAUCUUUGGAUCUACGGAGUUGUUGGUUGCGUUUUGACGGGAGGAUUUAUCAUCGUUCUUGUAUUUUUUUGCUGUUGCUAUAGGAGCAGAAAAUCUCGCGGGCAGUCGAAUCAUUUGCCAUCGAAUAAAAUAAUAACUGGAAUACAGUGCGAUAAGAAUAUUUACGAUGGUAGACAAAGCGUAACUCAGCCGAUGGAAAUGAGUUCUUUGCUGGCUGCACCCGGAAACACGACUCCAGGGACAGGAACCUUGAGCAGCGGUAGCAGUCGAACUUCGAACAACAGAGUACCGCAAUUUGCGGUUAACAACGUUGUGUUCAUUCAGGAAUUAGGAGAAGGAGCUUUUGGAAAAGUAUAUAAAGGUGAAUUACAAACGGGCAACAAAUGCGAUGAGUCAAUUUACGUUGCGGUUAAAACACUCAAGGAAAAUGCGAGCCCGAAAACUCAGAGCGAUUUCAAGAGAGAAGUCGAUUUAAUGACGGAUCUUCGACAUCCCAAUAUUAUUUGUCUCCUCGGUGUUGUUCUCACGGGUGAACCAAUGUGUAUGCUUUUCGAAUACAUGACCCAAGGAGAUUUGCACGAAUUUCUCAUCCGUUAUUCUCCGAGAUCGGAUGUUACGCUGAACAAUGGGACUGGCAAAAUUUUGGAACAACCUGAAUUUUUACACAUCGCCCUUCAAAUUGCGUCGGGAAUGGAGUACUUGGCCGGCCAUCAUUACGUUCAUCGUGAUUUGGCAGCGCGAAAUUGUCUCGUCGGCGAUAACCUCACAGUGAAAAUAUCCGACUUUGGUUUGUCUCGUGAUAUCUAUAGCAGCGAUUACUACAGGGUACAAUCGAAGAGUCUGUUACCAGUACGCUGGAUGCCACCGGAGUCCAUAUUGUAUGGAAAAUUCACCACAGAAUCAGACGUUUGGAGUUUUGGCGUUGUGCUGUGGGAAAUUUAUAGUUACGGUUUGCAGCCUUAUUACGGCUACAAUAAUCAAGAAGUGAUCGACAUGAUUCGGUCGAGGCAACUGUUGCCGUGUCCGGAGGAUUGUCCAACGAUGAUUUACAGUCUGAUGAUAGAAUGUUGGCACGAAGUAGCUAACAGGAGGCCUCAGUUUCCGGAGAUACAUCAUCGUUUGCACAAUUGGUACACAAAUCAGACUUACCUGAGCGAUUUUCGUAACGAAUCGAUGUCAGGUUACGCGACGACGAAUGGAAAGUCAUCGAACAAGAUGAGCAUAACACCGAGUUUCAAAAGUGAUUCGUUGACUCGAAACGACACAACGUUCAAGGGAAACGGGGAGCCGAUGAUUUGCAAUUUGGCCGAUCACAACAAUCCGCUUAAAAUUCCAGCGAAUCCGUGUUACACGAGUUCGAAUACGAGUCUGGAUCAUCGACACCAACAUUGCAACUACGGCGAGCAUCCGACGCCGUCGCGAGUAGCAUCGUUGCAUCAAUCCAAUGGGAAUUCGAACAUCACCGAAUUCGAGGAAAAACAAUGUUGUUCGCCGAAAUUAAGCGGAGCAAAGAAAGUUUUGCCCACGGUGCCUCAACAGCAUUGCCCUAAAAUAAAUAACGGUCUUAACGGCACGAGACCGAUGCAAAACGGUGCUCAACUCGUCGUGAGAUUGCCCGAUCCUAGCAAAGUCACGACCGAAACUAGACUAUCGAAAUGAGGGCCCAAAUCCUCAAAAUUUCGUGCAUUUUCCACUGAACAACAACUAACACUCACACACCCACACAUACUAAUAAAACCUAUUGAACUUUUUUCAAACGCAAAUAACGUGCGUUGAAAACGAAAAAGUAUUUUUCACCGGAAGAAACAAUAAGAGUCUGAUGGAAAUGUGUUAUCUUUUUCAUUUUUUCCAUCGCUCAAACUCUUUACAAAUCAUCGACUGACUGAAUAUGCUACAAAAAUACGUAUUCUUUAUUAUUUAUUUAUACGAAUUUUGUAUACAUCGAUCUCUCUUAAUACGCGUACGAAAGAUCAAAAGUAUUUCGAUUACAAUACUCUCGUCAUUCGAACGCCUCUUGUAUUAAUUUACAAAACACAAAUGUCGAAAAUUACGAGAGUCUCGUAUUAACGCUACAAGAAAAAAAAAAACAUUUGGAAAGAGAACACGAGAAAAACGAUAUCGAAUUAUAUCGUUGUUGGAGUAUUACGAAUUAUAGAAAUAGUAACUUCUGCAUUGCCCUCUCUCUCUCUUUCUCACUCGCUAACGAAUAAAAAUAACCAAAAGACACGAUAUUAACGAUGAAACCAAUGGAAAUAAAUAAUUUUAAAAAAUAAUUGAUACGUGUUUCUACCAAUACGCAAUUAAAAAGAAUAAUAAACCGGUGUUUAAGAAUAAGUACGCAAGGAAUAAAUUUCCACUUUGAUGUACCAAACGAGCUAUCGAAAAACUUGAUCUCCGAUGAUGAAAAAAAAGGAAUAAAAUGUGAAAAAAAAAAAGAGAAGAGGAGGGUGAAACCUCGCGAAGAGGGCUACAAUCCUUUGCGGAUCGGAGCCUAACAACGAGACAGAAGAGAGAGAAGAUAAAAACGAAAGAAAUGGGUGAUGGAAAACGAAUGGAUAUGUAUAAAUCGUGAGGGCGAGAAAAAUUAAAACUUCGUACACUUUGUGUAUACAUGUAUAGAGGAUAGUCCGUACCGACCAGUUGAACGCGAGGCGAAAAGUCUUAUAUUUUACUUCGUCCUUCGUGGGCGAAUUUUCCAAAGAAACGCAGCCCGAAUUAACGUGUAAUGACAAAAGCACCUCGCGUCUUGCUGGAAUGAAAUAGUACGAAUUUUAGUAUCUAAAAGACGAGCGAAGAAAAAGGCGAAAGCUGCAGAUAUUGGCGGGUGAAAAUUGCAAGUAUCAUUAGAUAUUUUCCCCCCGUUUUGGCAGAUGUGAGGAACAAGAAGAAAAAAAAGCGAAUCAUCGUGGCUAUGUAUGUUAUAAAGGUGCGGAGUGUGUAUGAUACUUUUUUACACGUUUUUCCUUGUUUUUUCUUUCUUUCUGUUAUUUUUUAUUUUAUUACGAAAAUGUUCAUUAUUGUAUCAAAAAGAGGAAUUAAUUGAGCACUCGUUUCGACAAUUCAUCGUUGCUCGAAUCAGUGAUUUUCUCGUUUCUCUACGAAAUGUUAGAUUCUAGGUACUAAAAAGAGAAAACUAAAGACGACGAUUCCCAUUGUUUGAACUUUUAAUCAAUGAGGCGAAGAAUUUCGAAAAAACGAAAAAAGAAACAACAAAAAUAAAACAAAAUAAAUUCUUUGAGAGACUGACGAAUGCAUUGCGAGACUCUUAACGAUAAAAUAAUAUUAAAAUAUAUGAUUGAAUGUUUGCACGAGUUUGGGAAAUACGAAACUCGUAACUUCUAGGUAUUAAUUAAUUUAUAUUGAACAAUUUAUUGCGAAAUGCGAGGAUCUUAUCAUGUAAGUUCUUUAUAUAUAUAUACACACAUAUAUAUGUAUAUAUCUCUAUAUAUACAUAUAUAUUCGAUCAAAUAUAAUAUGCAUUUCAUGUUUUUUGUAAAACAA